CUAAUUUCACACUUUUGAAACAGUCAAAAACAAUUGUAGUGGCGUUCCCGGACCUUGCAUGUGUUCCGAACCAAGAGAGACUUCAUUGAAGAGAUGGGGGAGUCAAGGGAGGCAUGUUCCACCGAAACCGUCACUCCAAAACAAAGAUAGAUGAUGGGUGGCUUUGGGCUUCCGGUUGUCACACAGGGUCACAGGUAGAGACAACACCCGCAGUUGCAGUUGCAGGGGAAAAACGCAAGAGCCAAUGCAAGAUUGCCAAACAGCCAAACAGCCAAAGAGCCAUUGAACUACAACUAACUAACUAACUAAGACUAAGACAAUAAUAUAUGCAAGCAACGGUACCGCUGGAUAGAACAGGAGUGUCAGUCCGCCUGAGGACUUCACUUCCUUUCCAGCCCCACUGGCACACUGGCACACCAGGGUUCGGUAUCUUCUAGGUUCUUAGCAAUCAUCCUCACAAAUUUUGUUUUCAACCAAAAGCAAACCACACAUACCUUCAACCUUUUUAAAUCAUCAAAACCAAGCCACCAUGGGUCAAUGCCAAUCUCAGUCCUCCCUUCCCACCAACAUCAUUGAUGAUGUUAGCCAUCAGCAAGCUCACCCCCCGGCGCUCAAUGAACCAUCGGAGGUUUGUUCCCAAUCAUGCACCAUCGAACCUGUCUACCCUGCCUUUUCGGUUCCCAAGAAAGAAUCAGCUACUACCGGUACCAGUACUACGUCCGCUGCAAGAAGUAGCCCUCGACGCCAAAGGCAAUCAUCGUCCGUGGGAGCUGGGCUUGGAACUUCAAGAUCAGACUCGUUUUUCAAUACUAGUAUGUCUGUAAGUAGCAGUGAAUCUGACGACGCCCCCGCAUUGAUGCUGCCAGCAGAAUAUCAGACACCUACAUGUGAAGUGAGCAUGAUGGGAAUGAGCCAAGAACUACUAGACGAUUGCUCUUGGGGUGAGAUCGACUCUCCCGCUGUCAUGUACUUUGAUAGUUCCAAGCGACGAAGCACCAUGGCUACAUCCACGAGCAAUUCAGAGGACAACGACGAUGAGGAAGCGAGUGUGACAGACUCGAUCCGAGACAAGUACGAACUACGACUACUCGCGUACUGAAAACAAUGGCUGAUUGCACCUGCAGCUUCUUUCUUCCUUCUUCCUGCCUGAUCUCCAGCAAAGCUAGCAAGUAGCCUUUUGUACCAUAUAACAUUAACCUGUAUAGUAUUUACGUUUGCUCAUCAUCC